AUGAAAAAGAAUGAACAUUUUUCUCUUGAUGGAAAAGUCUAUAAACACAAUGCAACAACAGCUGAUCAAACAAGUCCUAUUCAUUUGACUAUUGGUAUGACAGGUGCUCUCAUCAACGAAAUAUGGUUGCCACAACCUGCAUGGUCCCAUGUGAGAUAUGCAGCAUUUGGUUUUGGUAAACUUUAUAUUCACAAUGAAACACAUCUUCAAUUCAAAACAAUUUUACUCGAUCCAACUGUAGUUGAUGAAGAAGAUCGUUUUAUGAUUAUUCGACAAUUUUAA